AUGGGUGAGAUCAGCCAAGAGACGGUGGAGAAAUACCUGGAGGACAACCCUCAGUUCGCCAAGGAGUAUUUCAACAGGAAGUUGCAGGCGGAGGCGCCCAGCGGCGGGGCACAGGCCCCGGCCAGCGCCUCCUUCCCCGGCCGGACGCUGGCGGAGGAGGCGGCCCUGUACCUGGAGCUACUGGAGGUCUUGCUGGAGGAGGCGGGCAGCGUGGAGCUGGCGGUGCACAGGGCCCUGGGGAGGCUGGCGCAGCUGCUGCAGGCCGACCGCUGCAGCAUGUUCUUGUGUCGGGCCCGCAACGGCACGCCGGAGGUGGCCUCCAAGCUGCUCGACGUCACCCCCACCUCCAAGUUUGAGGACAACCUGGUGGUCCCCGACAGAGAAGCUGUGUUUCCGUUGGACGUCGGGAUAGUGGGUUGGGUUGCUCACACGAAGAAAACCUUUAAUGUUCCAGAUGUGAAAAAGAACAGCCAUUUUUCUGACUUCAUGGACAAACAAACCGGGUAUGUCACUAGGAACCUGCUGGCAACCCCCAUCGUGAUGGGCAAGGAGGUUCUUGCUGUGUUUAUGGCAGUUAACAAAGUAGAUGCAUCUGAGUUUUCCAAACAGGAUGAAGAGGUCUUUUCCAAAUACCUCAACUUUGUCUCUAUCAUCCUAAAGUUUCAUCAUACCAACUACCUGUACAAUAUUGAAUCCCGAAGAAGUCAGAUUCUUAUGUGGUCAGCCAACAAAAUAUUUGAAGAACUCACAGAUGUUGAGCGACAGUUUCACAAAGCGCUCUACACUGUUAGAACAUACCUGAACUGCGAACGAUACUCCAUUGGGCUGCUGGACAUGACCAAGGAGAAGGAAUUCUAUGAUGAGUGGCCAGUCAAGCUUGGAGAAGUCGAGCCUUACAAAGGUCCAAAGACACCAGAUGGCAGAGAAGUCAUCUUUUAUAAAAUCAUCGAUUACAUUUUACAUGGAAAAGAAGAGAUCAAAGUCAUUCCGACACCUCCCACGGACCACUGGACUCUCGUUAGUGGGUUGCCAACAUACGUUGCUGAAAAUGGAUUUAUCUGCAACAUGCUGAACGCCCCAGCCGAUGAAUACUUCACGUUUCAGAAAGGACCUGUAGAUGAAACUGGUUGGGUCAUUAAAAAUGUCUUGUCCCUGCCUAUUGUCAACAAAAAAGAAGACAUCGUGGGUGUAGCUACAUUUUACAACAGGAAGGAUGGAAAGCCUUUUGAUGAAUAUGAUGAGCACAUUGCUGAGACUCUCACACAGUUUCUUGGAUGGUCUCUUUUAAAUACUGAUACCUAUGAGAAAAUGAAUAAGCUGGAGAACAGAAAGGACAUAGCCCAAGAAAUGCUCAUGAACCACACCAAGGCUACGCCUGAUGAAAUCAAGUCUAUUUUGAAAUUUAAAGAGAAGUUAAAUAUAGAUGUAAUUGAAGACUGUGAAGAAAAACAGCUUGUCACAAUUUUGAAGGAGGACCUGCCGGACCCACGGACCGCAGACCUGUAUGAAUUCCGCUUCAGCGACUUGCCCAUCACAGAGCACGAACUGAUUAAGUGUGGACUUCGGCUGUUUUUUGAAAUAAACGUGGUGGAGAAAUUCAAAGUACCCGUAGAGGUUCUCACCAGAUGGAUGUACACGGUGAGGAAGGGGUACCGGGCCGUCACGUACCACAACUGGAGACAUGGGUUUAAUGUGGGGCAGACCAUGUUCACCUUGCUGAUGACAGGAAGACUGAAGAAAUACUACACAGACCUUGAAGCCUUUGCCAUGCUUGCUGCUGCCUUCUGCCAUGACAUUGACCACAGAGGCACCAAUAAUUUGUAUCAGAUGAAGUCCACUUCUCCGCUAGCAAGGCUUCACGGCUCUUCCAUCUUGGAGAGGCACCACCUGGAGUACAGUAAGACGCUCCUGCAGGAUGAGAGUUUAAACAUCUUCCAGAACCUAAAUAAACGCCAGUAUGAAACAGUUAUUCAUUUGUUUGAAGUUGCAAUAAUAGCAACUGACCUGGCUUUAUAUUUCAAGAAGAGAACCAUGUUUCAAAAAAUUGUUGAUGCCUGUGAAAAAAUGGAAACUGAAGAAGAGGCCAUCAAAUAUGUAACCAUUGAUCCAACCAAAAAAGAGAUUAUCAUGGCGAUGAUGAUGACUGCGUGUGAUCUGUCAGCUAUAACCAAGCCCUGGGAGGUACAAAGUCAGGUAGCACUCCUGGUUGCAAAUGAAUUUUGGGAACAAGGAGAUCUGGAGAGAACAGUGCUGCAGCAACAACCCAUUCCUAUGAUGGACAGAAACAAAAAAGAUGAACUACCUAAACUUCAAGUUGGAUUUAUUGACUUUGUCUGUACUUUUGUAUAUAAGGAGUUCUCACGGUUUCACAAAGAAAUCACACCUAUGCUGAAUGGUCUUCAAAACAACAGAGUGGAAUGGAAAUCCCUAGCUGAUGAGUAUGAUGAAAAGAUGAAGGUAAUUGAAGAGAUGAAAAAGCAGGAAGAAGGAAAUACGACUGAAAAAGCUGUAGAAGAUUCAGGAGGUGGUGGUGAUGACAAGAAGUCCAAAACAUGUCUAAUGUUGUAA